AUGAGGAGGAAGAAGGAAGUGCGCUCGUCGAUAGAGGGGAAAGAGGAAAAUCGCCGAUUGAGACAAAUCAUCCAGGUCGACAUUGAGACAGAUCUAGGAAGACUGAUCGGCGCCGAGGAGACUCCCAGUCGCGUCGAAAAUGUUUUAGGGAUUGGAGCGACGACGACCAGUUACCAGCAGCGGCGGCGACGGUGCGACGACCAGUUACCAAGCAGCAGCGGCAAAGGUGUUAAACCUAGGGCGAAAUAA